AUGUCAUCUUCCCUUGGAGCUCCAUAUAACGAGUAUGCCCGUUUAUACGAUGUUGGAUCAUCUCCAGUCGAAUCCAGUCCAUUUACAACCUAUACAACCGUGUUUACAGUGUUAUUAUUAUUACUUGCAUUCGGGUCUCUAUCCAUGGCCUUGUUAGGUGACGUGAAACAGAAAAGCGCUGUCAGCUACACACUCAAUGCAAUUGUUGCUUCUAUAUCGAUUGGUUUAUCUGCAAUUUAUGUGUCUAAUUAUGUUGGUGUUUAUAUUUAG